CCUGGAUUGAAGAUCUUUCAACCUGACGUGAUAAAUAAUUAUUGAUUAAAAAAAUAUCCUUUGCAUGUUUUGGUUUGAGACGUAGUGGCAUACAUAUGAAAGACUGGCAUACAAGAUGCACGUCCUAUUGAAAUGUUUCUGGAUUUUCCUACAGCACUUUCUCCAAGUAACACUUUGUCAGGAGUUCAAGAUCCUUCACCAUCCCUUGCAACUGACCACCGUGGCCGGUGGCAAUGUCUCCAUCCAGUGUGAGCUUUCUCCACCUGUUCAUCCGCCACAACUCAUUAUCUACUGGCACAGGAGAAAUCCAGAUGGCCAACCGAUGUACCCAAUGAGCCACAACGGAGGUGAUAAGCGAGUGCAGAUCCAAAAUGUAAGCGGAAACUCUGUUUGGUUGUGCUUUGUGGACAUUACUCUGCAAGAUGCUGAUGUUUACUUCUGCAGUUUUCAUGUACCCCAAUUAAACAGAAAUUUAUCAAGUCAAGAAAUUCAGCUGAAGGUGUUUGGCGCUCCAACGCAACCAACUUUGAAAGUGCAAAAUGAUUCAGAUGUCAUCAUUCUGACAUGUCAAAGUGGUGGGUUUUUUCCUGAAAACAUCAGUGUUUCUUGGAUAAUUGAUGACAAGGAGCAGCAGGACCCCAGGCCCAUUGUGCAGCGGAAUGGGCAAACAUACAAUCUAAACAGUUUCAGACAUAUUACCAAGGAUGGAGGAAGAGGAAUGAUAAAAGUCUGCUGUCUUAUUGGGCACAUAUCACUAGUGAAACCUUUGGAGAGUGAAAUUAUCAUUUUGGAAACUAAAGGUUCAAGGAAAAGCUACCUUCAAGAAAAGUAUUUCAACUUCUUUGUUCUGUUAUUCAUUGUUUUGCUUGUUGUGGUUCUACUGCUGAUUCGAUGGUGCAGAAUUCGAGUUGCAAAUGGAAGAGAAGAUGAAUUAAAAAACAACAGCUUCCAAACAGCAGACAACCAGGCACCAUCUAGUUCGCUGGAAAAGGAUGUUUGUUAUGCCGAGCUUCUCUACCCAAAUAAAGCGACCGAAGAUGCCAGCCAGCUUUUUACAGAAGCAGGUAGAACUACACCCAUUGUGAGAAGAGCCAAAUGCCAUGCCAGGGUCGGGGAACAGUCGUCAGAGAUAUAUGACACCAUAUGGUCUCAUGUGUGACACCACUGCAGAUGAUCCAGAAACUCUACGGCACCAAGAGGCUUGUCCAGUCUUCCUUUCCAAAACUGUUAUUUAUAGUGAAAAAAAAAACCUGCUGUUUGUUUAACACUUUCUGUAAUACAUUUUAUGUGAUUUUGCAAUAGCUCUAAACUCAUCUUUUUAAACGGCAUCCUCUUUGCCAGUUUUUGUUGUGUUUUGAUUGCAUAAGCAGACAACAACAACAACAACAACAACAUAGCUUCCUGGAGCCAAAUGGUAUUGUAUCACCUUCUCUUACUUCUUGUGAUCUUCUGAAUAUCAAAGAAGUGCCUACUCUUCAGAAUCCAAAUACGUGUUUGUGACAUCUGACUUGGCAAAGUCACCUUUUACAGUCUGUCCUUUACAGCUCACACCCCCUCCCCCACAUCCCCUGCCACUGUCACUUAUUCCCAUCAGCUUAAAAGAGAAUUUGUUAUCUACACUAUCCAGAUGACCUCUUUGGUUUAUUCAAAAUGUAAAAUAAUCAUGUUAAGGGGGUUUCAGAAUGCUACUCACUGUAUAUCCAUCCAUCCAUCCAUUUUCCAACCCGCUGAAUCCGAACACAGGGUCACGGGGGUCUGCUGGAGCCAAUCCAAGCCAACACAGGGCGCAAGGCAGGAGCCAAUCCUGGGCAGGGUGCCAACCCACCGCAGGACACACACAAACACACCCACACGCCAAGCACACACUAGGGCCAAUUUAGAAUCGCCAAUCCACCUAACCUGCAUGUCUUUGGACUGUGGGAGGAAACCCACGC